AUGGACAAGGCAGACUUGGCCUCAGGAGCCCGAGGCCGAGCUCACGCACCUGCCGGCGCUUCUCGGGGCGCCUGGGCUGUGAGCGCCGGCCCGGGGCCAUCGGGGCCUUGGACCCGCCGUCUCCAGCCCCAGUCGGUGCUGUCGCCGUGCUUCGAGGCUCUGCCUCUCCCCAGUGAGGAGGAGAACUCCUUUGCAGAGGAGCUCACGGAACUGCACAAGCCGACCACUUACCAAAUCCAACAUUUUAUUUCUUAGCAGGCAACGAUGACGAGCAACACACAAAAAUCUGAUGAAAAUAGAAGUAAAUGUAAAAGCAUGGAGAAGGAAGCUUCAGAAAAUGCUCAGUUGUCCUCCCUUGACAAAACAGAUCCAGCUUUUUCCGAGGGCUCACAGUCCCCUUACAAACUUGAACCACUGGAAGAAGUUUUAGAUGAGAUCAACAAAGAAAUUAUGAACUUGUUAUCAAAAUAUGCUCACACUUUAAGUGAGAGAGCAGCGAUGGAUGCUUCUUAUGUCCAAGAACUUGAUGGAAUCCUAAAGGAAGCGAGGACCAUAGAAAACCACUUAAAGGAGAAAAGAGAGAGUCUGAAACAGAGAUUCACCGUGAUUGCAAAUACUCUGCAAAGCUAAAUAGAGCUUGUUAGAUUGCAGAAAUGCAGAGCAAAACUUGCAGUAUAUUUCAUGAAUUAAAAUACAAACUAUAAUGAGUGCUAUGAUGCAUGUUUCAUAAAUGGCUUAU